AUGGUCAGUUGUCGCAGCGACCAUCGAUCGACUCUCGUUGAGGCACAGAGCCGAGGAUCGCGAGCUCGGACACGUGCGCCAGAGUGCUUUACUAUGCGAUUCACGUUCACUGGCAUAGUGUAUAUGUUGUUUCAGGCGAAGCUUGUCACUGGUCGAUCAUCGUCGCCGGUAGCCCUGGUCGUGGUCAUGUCGGGAACGAAAACGAGCGCAAAGGGACUGCGCCUGAACAGCGGAUGA